UUCCUCCUGAGCAGGAGGCGCCAGUGUCCUCCUUCGAAAGAGCGCGGCGCACCCAGGACACCGCACCCAGAACACCGCGCCCGGACGCGUGCCUCGGAAGUCGACCAGAGGUCCUGGACUCUCGCGUGGUCUCCCUCUUCUGCGUCCAGAAAUGGGUUUUGCUGCAAGAAGAUGGUUGUACCUACAGCUGGGCUGCAUGAUGCUGAUCAAUCUGGUUAAUGCUGACUUUAAGUUUCAAAAGGGAGUGCUUGCUAGCAUCAGCCCAGGGAUCACCGAAGACAUUGAUCUCCAGUGCUGGAAAACUUGCUCUUUGACACUGAUAGAUCUUAAAGAACUCAAGAUAGAGCACAAUGUGGAUGCUUUUUGGAAUUUCAUGUUGUUCUUGCAAAAAUCUCAGCGGCCUGGACAUUAUAAUGUCUUCUUAAACAUAGCUCAGGAUUUCUGGGACAUGUAUGUAGACUGCUUGCUUUCAAGAUCUCAUGGAAUGGGCAGAAGACAGUUGAUGCCUCCCAAAUAUAAUAUUCCACAGAAAAUAACAGGAGGUAAUUUAAAUUUGCAUUUAAAAUAAUUGUAGUUUACUUUUCUUUAAAAAUCACUACUUAAUUCUUCUGAUUUUUUCAAGUUACGCAACAAGCUAGCAAAUUUGCUAUAGUUUUUUCCUAAAAUGAUAGGUUUUGAUUUUCAUUUUUGCUCAUUUUAUAUUACAAACCACACGAGCUCUGAUGUGCAAACAAUUCCAAAUGAUCUUGGAAUAUGAUACACUUUGGUAGGUAAUUAAAAUUAUUCUUGUUUCCCCAUGAAUAGUUCAUAAGUCAUUUAACCCUGUAAUUAUUCAUAUUACAUUUGAUGAAGAAAUUUUAAACAUCAGACAUGUAUUUAGGCUUUUGAAAUUAAUUU